GGUUGCGGCUGUGGCAACAGAUUCGAUCGAGUAGUUCUAUAUUAUACACACAGCAACCUACACACCACUAUCUGUGAGGCGGCGAAGAACUCGGAAGCCCGCAUACUUCGAGCAGCGCAGAACUUCGCAGUCGAGGGAGCUCCAGGCAUCAAAUCAGUAUUCGACUGGCAGCGGUUCGAUCGAGAACAGUUUUUGGAGAGUUCGCGAUGCCUUGGUAAAUCCUUGUGUGGUGUUGUGUUGUUCAGUGUGAUUGAGAAGAAGUGGUUAGUGGCGCGCCGAGUCGAGUGCUGUGAGUGCCAUAUACUUAAAAGUUUUAUGUCACCUAUAGUAAAAAUCGACCACUACAACAGGCUGUGAUGCAUAGUUGGAUAACCUGCCGUUCUCCACGAGUGUCAGUUAUGAAGAGCUGCAGAAGAAAAACAUAGAAAAGAAAAGUGCAUACUGCCGCCACAAUCUAUCAGUGCCAGGCCGCCGAAACUCACAUCAGCCGCAGAUUCCAAGAAGAAAAGGCCCUCCCUCCGACCGAAAGUGUGGGCAUAGAAAAUGAGGUGAAGUGUGUUGCCAGUCCCAGAAAGGAGUUAUUUUAAACUACUUUACGGGGAACAGAGUGUGUUUUGCUGCUGUUGCUAAAAAUAAAGUGUUUUAUGUAAAACAAAAAUAAAUGGUGGCAUCAACAAAGGUGUGGAGAGCUGAUAGUGACGUUGAAAAAAAGCCGAAUGAAAGUGAAUUGGAAUUGUUUUUUGGGUGGACGCGCUGAAAUAAUAGAUGCAGACCUAGCACGUGGAAUCAGGUGACGAAUUUGACUGCCAGUCGGGUUAUUUAGGAUUAACGGAAAUCGCGUUCAAAUAAGGUUUAGAAUCACAGAGCCCAUACACUUUCAACCAUAACCCUGACCGUGGCCCUUGUUAUGGAUCGGUCUCCAGCGUCCACGACCCUCACAAAGAUGCUGUAACCUUAGCGAUGGUGUGAAAGAGUAAAUCAAACUGGAUCUGUGAGCGGUGGUCGGUGGGAGGCACGGAAACAGGGUCUAAACUGACGCCCGGACGGACUGCAAAUAGUGCGAAACCAGUUGUCAGAAGGAGGUCUAACUCCUCCCGCGAUUAACCGGGUUAUGACGAAAAUACUUUUGCUGCAUGUGCUGGGCACACUGCUAGGACCGUUGGUUGUUGUUACGCUGCUGCUGACGACACUGGACAGUUGCACCGGACAACGUGAAUCGCAGCUUCGACUGGGAAAAGCAAUCAACAUCUUCAUCCGCUAUGGCUAUCUAUCGAUUUCGAUGAAGGUGAUCUCGUACAAUGACAGUGAGACGUGGUUGUUCAAGGAGCCGACGAAAAAUAUUUUCAAGGGCCUGGAUCAGCUUAAAACCGAAGAGUAUGAAGUGAAACCAGGUAUCUUCAACGGCGACUUCCACAUGGAGUUUUGCGACAACAAGCGUCAGUUGUUUCAGGCAUACUUCAGAGACUUCCAGAUCGAACGGCUGGACAAUCCGUGGCGAGCAUACACGGAAGGUUGGCAUACGGAGAUUGCUGCUAAGAAGCUAGGAAUCCAAAGCAAGUACCUCGAGCGGGACGAUUACUGCUAUGUGUUGGUACGAGUGUCCCGCUUCCGAGACAGCGCCAAGUUUUCAAAACCCAUCCCACCUAACCAAGUGCUGGAGAACGAUGUUCAACGAAAAGUACAAAGUGUAACGAUCGGAGAUACAACUUCGGCGGUUCAAUUUAUGAACAAAUACGGGACUCAUUAUAUAAAUUCUUACGUAACGGGAAACUCGAUGUACCAGGUGUUUGUGUUCAAUAAGCGCAACUAUGCGCACAUCAAAGAAAAACUGAAAUCACGAGGGGUGCUGGCACUGUCCAAAGUGGAUCUGUAUGACCAUUUUGCACCAUGGUACGUGGAACACAUGGGUAAGAUACGGUGUGCCAGUGGGAACACCACGGUAGAAGCCUGGGCAUCGCGGAAGCUUCGACUAUCUUACUAUGUGUUCACCUACAGUAGCUUGCUGAAGCUGCACGGAGACGGUGCAUUGCUGCGAAUACUGAGUGAAUUACUACAGAACGAAGCUAUUCUGCAGCUAGAUCUGAAGUCACUAAGCGUGAUAUUCAAGGAACCAGCUAAACGGGCGUGGUUCGAAGAAAUAUUAGAUAACUAUCUUAAACUGUGGGAGGUUAACAUGUGAGUGGUGCACGGUACCAACAGCCGUUGAUCUGCUGUUCGUGAUGCGUAGUGGUUAUAAAAUAGUUAGUUUUAGUGACACAAAGUUAACUGAUAAACGUGAGCAUAAGCUUCAAGUGGGAAACCAAAGUAAAUUUAGGUGCAAUGAGACCUAUAGGAUGUUGCUAAACAGUCAUUAAUUUAACAAGGUGGCCUUUAGUAAUUCUAUGCAGACACCCAUACAUAGACGACGAGAAACAUAUUUGCCAUGACGAUGCCAGAAAGCCGUAAAACUUUUCGAUUUCAUUGGAGUUAAAAUUCUAUUUUCAAAUAAGCUCAGAAGUUUUAAUUUCGGCUAACUACGGAAAAAUCUAAUGCAUUAAUCUCAACAUCCCUAAAGCCUAUUUUCGAAGAACUUCUUGUCUGGGGGUAUCACGGUAAGCCGCUUGUCUUGCAUGUCAGCGUGUCAGUGGUCAUGUGUUUGAGUCCCAACCACUAAAAUUCUCAGCCUGAUUUGUUGAACAGCGACUGCAAAUUACGAAAUUACGAAUUAUGAAAAAAAUCUAAAUUACGAUUUACGAAAAAAUCUAAACACGGCAAAGUUGAUGAUAAUUAUUCUUAUCCAUCAAUAAAUACCUCAUCCUAAUUGUAGUGGUUAUGGGAUAUAAUAGAAAAAAUGUUUCUAGCGACAAAAUUGUUUCUCGGGCUUUACCCAACUCUUUACUAAGCUUCGCAUUGUUCGAUUUCGCUUCAACAAGCUCUAUCAACACGGUGCCCAAUUUAACAUUUUCCAUUUUGGGUUUUCUUUAACCGAAAAUAGAAAUACAGUAGUAUUCCGUUUUUGGCAACAAUAUUUUUUUUCAGUUGCCAAAACUGGAACCGUGCCAAAAAUGGAACCUUACCUUAAAAGCUUUUAUUUUCAAUUUGUGACAUCACAAAUGUCACAAGAACAUUAAUUAUAUAAGAAUAUGUGAAAUGGAAUGAAAUAACAGAAAAAAUCAACAAAUUUAACUUUAUUCGCUAUGCCCGCCUCCAUAAAAUAUAGUGAAUAUGACUCCUAUGUUUGGAAAUAAAGUCAAAAGCGAUAUCCAUUAUUACAACAAACUGAUUAUUGAGCAUUUUUCAAAAGAUUUACUAUGAACAAAAUUAAUGUUGCCAAAACCGGAACCCAUUUGUUGCCAAAAACGGAACUUUUUUUGUAGCCAAAAAUGGAGCAUGCCAAAAACGGAACGUGCCAAAAACGGAAUCUUACUGUAUAAAAAUGACUUCGUGUUGUGUCCCAAACUCUUUUGCAUCAUUCGUGUAGCCGAUGUUUUUGAUAGUCGAUUACCGGCACGGCUUUGCGUUUGUUUUUGCUUGCGUCAAAAUGAACACAAUAACUAAUAUACAUUCUAAAUUCUUUUUACACACAUUUUGCUGUUAUCUCCCAUAUCCACUACACUAAUGACAACACUUCUUCAAGAAACUUCAGAGCUGGAAUCUAAACCAGAAGUAGACACUCACCUUUGUUCAGUGGAGCAUCGCUUAUCAAACAAACAAACCUUUGUUGGUUCGAAUCAUAAGCAGAAAUCCAUGAUCAUGCCAGAAUUUAUCGUUGUCAUUGUUGGUCGUCAAUCGCCACUCUAGUUUGAAACGUGAAUAUUUGCACGAUGAUCUGAGAGCCGGUGGCAAAAGAUACUUCCUAUUACUGCUCUUUUGACACGACAUCUCAACAGACACGUCUCAAGUAGGAUGAAAAUAUUUUUGCACACGUGCACUUGUAUCCAAUCAAUCGAGCGUCACGAGCCAUGUGGUUUUAUGUGAGAUUGCAGUAAUAUUCCCACAGAAUACCAAAGCAGACAUGAACUGUAGCGCUGAAUGAACCACCUCUGUCCUGCAGUAAGUUUUUCAUAUAAAAAUGUUUAUGUGAAAUAUAAAAUAUUUUCUAUUUUAUACAAAACCUCUAACAAACUUCUCAAAAAUAAAUAGGUCGUGCUAGUUUUAGAUGCAAUAUAAAUGACAACAGUGGUUUCAAAGUAAACCAAAUGAUUUAAACAAUACAUUGGAAAGCCGAAUGUGCAAAUUACAAAUCACUAACGUCACAGUCAAACCAACAGAGCAAAUAAUUUGCCUAAAAGAGUCGUAUUUAAGUAUUAAAAUUAUCUUGGAGUGCCAAGUAAUCUGAGGUAGGUAUGUAUGUAACUAGCUAGAAAAAUCAACAAAAUGCCAGACAAACAAUACGAAAAGAAAAAUAAACAAUCAAUUCAAACUACUUCACAGCUGUGAUAGAUUAGAUAGUAAAUAAAUGAGUAAGAUCCCCGGCGGCCAUUUGUUGGCUCAGCUAUAUUAGGAAGCAAUCGAAUUGCUGGCACAUGCCGGAACCAAGAAUGAAAAUCCAGAGAAGCUCGCAUAUCGCGAUUUCAAGAAGAUACCUUGAUUAAAUUUAAUUGCAACAUCAACGGGCGAAGGCGUAAUCAUGUGUUCCUCUACUUGGACGAUUUGAAGGCGAGCAUUUAAUUCGUGCAAUUCAGAUAUGGUAACCAAUUACCGGAACAGAUAUCGAACUGUGCAACUUAAUUAGAUGUUGCAAACCAUUACACUAGCUAAGUACUUGUAAAUAUAAAUAGAAGUUA